CGUUUCGGACGCCCUGCUCUGGUAGGGACUUCGUGCUUUUUGUCACAGGCAGCGGCUUGAUGCUGUCUACUGGAACCUGCACCGAUCCGGGACCUUACAGGCCCAGAGCACAGCGGCCCGGAGCAGUCCCGAUGUGUCCCUCCCAGCCAAGAGACACACUGCAGGGCUGUCGCGGGCGAGGCACAGACCAACGCGACUAGAAAUCAGGCUGACUGGCUUCUCCCGGCCAGCCCCACGGCACGGCAUGAUGUCAUGGGAGCUGCCACUCAGCGAGAUGAAAGGGAUGCGGCGCAGCAGCGCUGGCACUAGGCAGCCAAGCUGGGGCACAGCGAGAGAGAGCUGCAGAUCCAGCCGCUCAGCCCAGGCCGGGGAAGCCUGCUCUCCAGAGCUGGGGCAGAACAACGUGGCCCACGUUUAACAAAAGAACCAGACGGUAGCGAACUUUCUAGAUCUGAGCGCAUAGCGAGUAAGCUCAGCCUUGCCUUUGAUGCGCAGCAACUGAUCGGCGAUCAGAUUACAGGCACUCCAUCUCCUAGUUCGCCUGCCUUUGAUCUGAGCGGGUAAUCCAUUUUCCUGGAUUUGAAGUUUGUCUGGGCUUGCGCCCACACACAUUUUUUGGGAAGGUAAAAGCGUUUGGCGCGGAAGUGCUACCAAGCUGCGGAAAGCGUGAGUCUGGAGCACCGCACUGGCGAGUAGCAGCAGGAUCAGGUUCCCUGGUCAUAGUUGGUUGAAGUAUAACCCACGCCGGGCUCAGUUUGAAGCAGCAAUCUAAUGUUUGGGAGACUGAGACCAGAGGAAUCCAGUUCAAGACCAGCCUGGAGCAAGAAUAACUGCGUCUGGUGAGAGCCAUGGCACUCAAGCUCCUACCUGUAUACAAGAUGGUGCUCUGCGCCGACAUUCUCCUCUUACUCCACUUGGCAUGUCAAGUGAGUGGCGAAACUGGAGACUGCAGGCAGCAAGAAUUCAAGGAUCGAUCUGGAAACUGCGUCCUCUGCAAACAAUGCGGACCUGGCAUGGAGUUGUCCAAGGAAUGUGGCUUCGGCUAUGGGGAGGAUGCACAGUGUGUGCCCUGCAGGCCGCACAGGUUCAAGGAAGACUGGGGCUUCCAGAAGUGUAAGCCAUGUGUGGACUGUGCGCUGGUGAACCGCUUUCAGAGGGCCAACUGCUCACACACCAGUGAUGCUGUCUGCGGGGACUGCUUGCCAGGAUUUUACCGGAAGACCAAACUGGUUGGUUUUCAAGACAUGGAGUGUGUGCCCUGCGGAGACCCACCUCCUCCCUACGAACCACACUGUACCAGCAAGGUGAACCUUGUGAAGAUCUCUUCCACUGUCUCCAGCCCUCGGGACACGGCGCUGGCUGCUGUCAUCUGCAGUGCUCUGGCCACAGUGCUGCUCGCCCUGCUCAUCCUGUGUGUCAUCUACUGCAAGAGGCAGUUCAUGGAGAAGAAACCCAGCUGGUCUCUGCGGUCACAGGACAUUCAGUACAAUGACUCUGAGCUGUCAUGCUUUGACCAGCCUCAGCUCCGCCACUGUGCCCAUAGAACAUGCUGUCAGUAUCACCGGGACUCAGCCCCAACAUAUGGGCCUGUUCACCUGAUUCCACCCUUGUGCUGUGAAGAAGCCCGCAGCUCUGCCCGAGCCGUGCUUGGCUGCGGGCUGCAUUCUACCGCUACACUUCAGGAGAGAAACCCGGCUUCUCUGGGGGACACGAUGCCAGCCUUCUUCGAGUCUGUUUCCCGUUCCAUCUGCGCUGAGUUUUCUGAUGCCUGGCCUCUGAUGCAGAGUCCUCUGGGCGGUGACAGUUCUCUCUGUGACUCUUAUCCUGAACUCACUGGAGAAGAUAUCAAUUCCCUCAAUCCUGAAAACGAAAGCUCAACGUCUCUGGAUUCCAGUGGUGGCCAGGAUCUGGCUGGGACAGCUGCUCCAGAUUCUUCUGGAAAUGUUUCAGAAUCUACUGACUCACCUAGACAUGGUGGUACUGGUACAGUCUGGGAGCAGACACUAGCUCAGGAUGCUCAAAGGACUCCAAGCCGAGGAGGCUGGGAAGGCAGGGACAACCUGAAUCUAGCCACAACCACAGCCUUCCAGGAUGCCUGAAGGCCAUCUUCCUGACGUGGAGGUGUGGGUCUGGACACGCCUGUGGUGAGGCCUUACAAACUGAGCCGUCUUGACCUUCUAUGGUGUCUGGAAGCAAAACUAAAUCUGGCAGCAUUUCCAUCCUUUCAGCCACGAACUUCUGAGCCAGACCAGCUGUAAGCUGAAACCCCAGCAGGAAGCAAGGAGAGACUGAAGGCGGCCUUGGGACCUGUGCUUCUUCCCUCAACGGGAACCUUAGCUGGGGCCAAUUUGAAGGACCCAUGGGUGGGACGUGCUGCCCGUGAGAUUGUGGGCACGCGGCAGGACCCAGCCUGGCUCCUUCUUACGUCCACAGUGAAUGUGGUUUCACAAGACCCAGAGUAUAAACUUUCAUAGACAUUCUCUUUUCGAAAUAAUCCAUUACCCUGUGGGAAAAAAGAAAAGGCCUUAGCAGAUUCCUUUCUUAGAUUGUAGGCAGAGCUCUGGCGGUUUCUGUUGAAGAAAGGCACUUUCUAAUCAGCAGAAUGCUAUACUUCAGUGGUUUGAAGGGGCUUUGUAGCCCUGCCUGAACUGUAGUUUGGUGAAGUCGACUGGCCUAUCUGGUACCAGCAGUUCUUCUGGCCUCUUCCUCGUGGAUGUACAGCAGCACUGACAGAAGAGGCCUGAGUUAUUGAAAGUGGCUGUGAAUGUGGUUAAGAAUGUAGCGGGUUGGGGGAGGGGCGGUAGGAGGGGACAGCGUAUCGCUUUAAAGUUAAAACUACCUACUAUGCAUAUUCUGAAGGCUGUAUGUUAGGACUGCUGACUGUGGAUGCCUGUGUUAGUGCUGCCCUGUGCUGAACUUCCAAGGCCCCGAUUUCUUAUCUAGAAAGGAGACAUUUAUGAGUCUAGUAAUCUAUGAUUGACACCUGAGCUUACACAAAAGGCAUCAACACACCAAGCUCACUUCUGAAGAGGCCUUCAGUGAGAACAUUAGAUGCACAUUAGAACUGGACAUGGAAGAGCAUGGUUGGCCCAGUUUGGGAGAAUAGAAUGCCUGUGUCAUCUAGUCUGACUAAGGCUUUGUAAUACGGCAUUCUGAUAUAGGGGUGCUGUGGAAGGUAUCCCCUCUUCUUCCGUGACAGCAUUUACCUUCCAGAACAAUCUCUAAGGCUAAAGAAAACCUGGGGCUCAUUUUCUCUUCAUCCUUCCCCCUAUGGCUUCACUGAGCAAGAUAGCCUUGGUUUCCAGUUUGAAGUUACUUGAGCAGAUCCGACCUCGUCCUUUCGACUCUCUGCUGGUGCUCUGUUCCAUCCACACUUUAACAGGAGCCCAAUCUGUGAGCGUCAGUGUGAGAGGAUUCACUAGCAGAUUGGUUCUGAAGCUGCCCUGCUUAAAUCAGGCUCUUACCGAACACUGAAACCAAACAUCAAGGUGCCACCUUCCUAGACCUUUUUUUUAAAAUUUUCUGUUUACCCCCAUUGUUUUCUCAUUAUAAGACAUGAGUAGAUUUAAUGAGCCCUCUUCCUGUAGCCUCUCUCUAUUCCUAAUUAUAGCUUUUUGAUGUGUGUCUUCUGAUUUGUCCGUAUCUAUUGCUUCUCAUGCCAUCUGUUCCUUUACCAGAUGUAGAAAGAACGCUGCCAUAGAGCAUCCUGUGGUAGCCCACAUCUGCUUUUAUGUCCCCAUAGUGCCCAGUCAUAACCUAUUGGGAUUUUUGUUUGUAUGUACAUCCCCAACCGUUAUUAUGAGAACUGACUUUAGGGCAGUCGUAAAGUAUUUAGGAUGUAAGCAGCAGACGUCCAUGAGGAUGCAAGCUGGGCUCCCCUGAGUGGCCUCCUUGUGCACAUGUGUGUGUCAUUGCUUGCAACCCAAUCAUCUCUGUUAUGACAGGGAUGAUCAAAGCCAGCAGGGUUGUGUUCCUUUGUGUAACCUGAAGAUAUUUUCCACAUGCCGAGCCCUGAUGGACUUCAAAGACAGACACAGCUGGGGAAAGCCAAUCUGAUGGAAAGGAGACUCUAGCCCCCCAAAUCCUGAAACAUCACUUUUAAUCAGAAGAGAAAUCCCGGGGGUUAAAAAUUGAUUUCAUUUGAUACUGCAUUUGGAAGAUCCUGGGUUAUCAUCAAAAAGGAGACAUCCUCCCGCCAGACACUCUAGAAACGUGCAAUGGUGUUUUACAUUUCACAUUCUUUGGAAAUAAGAGGGAAAAUCUACAACCACUGCACUUCACAUUAUUGGAACAUCUUACAAGGCUGUUUACAUAGGAGCUGGCAUUCUGAUAUCAGACACUGGUAUAGAGAGACAUCUAGGCAUAGGGGGCACCAGUGCCACCUUUCCUGUGGCAGAAGCCAGGACAAGGACUUUUGAAUCAGUUAGUCAAGUCAUGUGUUCUCUAUUUUGGAUAUAUGGAAUAUAGUUUGAAUAGCAGGAUUUUCUACUUUAAGGAGUUACUGCUGCUGUUACUUAUUGUAAGUACCGCUGUCUGUGUUAGAAGAAAAAGAACAGAAAAGGAAAGAGACAGAAUCAUGGCUCUUAAGAUAGUUUGCUUCAGCUUAAAUUCUAUCCCAACUGUUUUACAUACUGAAUUUAUCAACUGUAAGUUAUCGCUUUUUUUUUUAGUGCUUUUUAAAAAUUGUGAAUAAAAUUGAUACUUGUUAUUCUUA